AUGGCACGACGGCGUCUGGGUGCCGUGCUGUGGCUGUCCCUGCUGUCGUUGCCCGGCCUGGGCUUCUUCGAUUUUUUCGCCAAGCCGGAGGAAGAAGAUGCCCCGAAGGGAAAGGUGGCGACAGCCAGCUACAGCCAGCUGAAGAUACUGAAUGCUUUGAGGAAAUGGAACAAAGCUGACGGGCGAUGGAAAGAGUAUUGCAAGGAUACAGGCUUCACCGACACGUCAAUGCCGGCGGACCAGGUGCAAGGCUUCAUCUUGAUGCCGGAGAACUACAAGACCGAUUUUUUGAAGAGCUUCACCUCACAUGCGAAGCUUCCAUCACUGCGGGUGGACGCGGAUGAGGAUGAGAUGGAGUUCGGAGGCUUCAUGGAUUCAAAUCGCUUUGGCAUCGUCAAGAGUGAAAAGCAGCUGGAGGCUGAACAGUCCAAGUUGGCCACUCAAGUGAGCGACUUCAUUGCUGGCAAGCCUGAGAAUGCAGAGGUUUGGGAGAAGUUUGUAUUGGAGGAGAACACCCUGGACCCGGACGACGACGAGAGCCGCGCGGUGCGCGCGGAGAUGGCGUCGCGCAGCCAGUUGGGGCGACGGAAGACGGCGCUGGAGUCCUUUUUAGACGCGGAUGCGUGGCGGAUCGGGUUGGAUCGUGGGGUGUUGGAUGGGUAA